AUGAAUCUCCAUUAUUUCAUCUUACUCUAUCUUGCAACAUCAAGUCUCUCUUAUUUUGUGCAAUCCAAAAAUGAUGGUUUUAGCAUUGAACUCAUUCAUCGCGACUCACCAAAAUCACCAUUCUAUAACCCUGCCUUAAAUCAAAGGCAACUAAUGUACAACGCGUUACAACAUUCCAUCAAUCGAGCAAGUUUCUUAUGGUCAAAUUCUCAAUUAUCAACCUCUAUAAUUCCUGAUAUAAACGGAGUAUAUCUCACAAAAAUUUCAAUUGGUACGAAACCAAGUGCCAAACUAGCUGUGGUUGACACUGGUAGUGAUCUUAUAUGGAUACAAUGCCAACCUUGUAUCCAUUGCUACAAACAAGAAAGUCCAAUUUUUAAUCCAAAAAAUUCGUCUACUUAUAGACUAAUUUCUUGUAACUCUACUAGAUGCAAGAAUCUUCCUGGAAGCACUUGCGAUAGCAAAAAAAAGACGUGUUCAUAUUAUGCAGGGUAUAACGAUCAAUCGUUCAGUUUUGGUGAUCUAGCGAGUGAUACAUUCACAUUCGACGAUGCAACGAAUAUUACUCGUCGAAUGAGAUUGUCCUUCCCCAACAUAACUUUUGGUUGUGGAAGGAGAAAUAAUAUCAGUAUACGUGAUGUUGAGACAACUGGAAUUAUUGGUCUUGGUGCUUCACCAUAUUCACUUGUGUCCCAAAUUAAUUUAACAUUUGGGCAUAAAUUUUCAUAUUGUUUAGUCCCAUUCUUCCAAUUGAAUGUGUCUAGCAGAUUGAGUUUUGGAGAAAAAGCUUUAAUUUCUUCAAGUAAGCAUAUGGUUACAACUCCAUUAUUUUUAAAACCUCCAAAAGUUUAUUAUUUCCUAAAGUUAUUAGGAAUUUCCAUUGGGAAUAAAAUAAUUCGAUUUCAUAACACAUCAAAAAAUGUUCACGAUGGAGGGAAGAUUGCUAUAGAUUCGGGGACCACAAUUACUUUUUUACCAAAAUAUAUGUAUUCAGAGAUGAAGACAAUAAUGAAGGGGGAAAUAAAAUUGAAGCCCCUAAGAAGCAACACAACACGAUUCUUUCACUUGUGCUAUCGAGGCUUGCGUGUUUCAGAUGUUCCACUGGUAACAUUUGAAUUUCAAAAUGCAAAGUUGGAGUUGGAGGCGAUAAAUAGUUUUGUUAAUAUCGGAUAUGACGUUAUUUGCCUUGCUUUUGCCCCAACAAAACAUUUGCCUAUAUUUGGCAAUAUAGCACAAACUAAUUUCUUUGUUGCCUAUGAUCUUGACAAGAAAACUGUUUCUUUUAAACCCCAAAAUUGUGCCAAAUUGUAA